AUGCAUCCUUGGGUAGCCAUCCUGGGCCUCCUACUCCUGCCAGCUGGUGUAACCGCUUACCGUCGAGUGACUGGAGUGGCGGGUCGGAGUGUCACUCUACCCUGCUACUAUAAUGGAGAAGUCACAAGCAUGUGUUGGGGCCGAGGGUCAUGUCCUUGGUUCGAUUGCGGAACUAACAUCAUCUGGACUGAUGGAUACAGAGUCACCUAUCGGAGCGAUGGACGUUAUCAGCUAUAUGGCAAUAUUCCUGGAAGGGAUGUGUCUUUAACCAUAAACAAUGCUGCCGUGUCUGACACUGGCUUGUAUUGUUGCCGAAUUGAGGUGAGAGGGUGGUUCAAUGACAUAAAAACCACCCUAGAGUUGAAGGUCAAUCCAGCUCCACCUACAACAACGACCACCACCACCACUACUACUACAACAACAACCACCACCACUACUCCAACAACCACCACUACAAGAAGGACAACUCCCACCACUACUCGGAGAACAACCACCACUACAAGAAGGACAACUCCCACCACUACUCCAACAACCACCACUACAAGAAGGACAACUCCCACCACUACUCUGAGAACAACCACUACAAGAAAGACUACUGCCACCACUACUCCAAGAACCACUACCACCACCACCACUACUCCAAGAACAACCACCACUACUAGAAAGACAACCAUUACUACUACUCCAACAAUGACUACCACUAUUACAAUAACAACCUCUACUACCCCCCAAACAAGAACAACCACAAGUCCAACAACCACCACCACCACUACUCCAACCACGAUGGUCACCCCUGCUCCAACCACGAUGGUCACCACUGCUCCAACAACCACCACCACUGCUGUGCCAGCAACAAUCAUCACCAGUACUCCAACCAUGACAGUCCCCACUGCUCCAGUGACAGAGAGGUCCUCUACUUCUGCUCUUCCAAUGCCAGCACCCACAAAGGACCUCCAGCCAGCUUCUUUAUCUUCUCCAACUCAGACAGCAGAAACCCAGCCUGCUACCCUGUAUGAAACAAACAUAACCAGCUCACCAUGGCACUCUUGUUCAACAGAGGGAAAUAGCACUGUGACCCAGUCUCCAGAUCCCCAUUGGCAUAACAAUCAAACUGUUGCGGUGCUGGCACAAGAAACAUGGAUGAGCACCAACAAGGGAGUCUACAUUGGAAUCUCGGUUACUAUUUUGGCACUGUUGGUCAUGUUUGUGGUUUUCUGGAUUAGUAGAAGAUAUUUUUGCCUGGGUAACAAGGUGGAGCUACUGCGUGUGAUUCCAUUGAAAGAUUCUCGCAUUGGAGCUUUGAAAAAUGCAGCUCUGAAGCCUAUCCAAGCAGAAGACAAUGUCUACAUUAUUGAUGACUAUCACUAA